AUGGAGGCUUUAGAAGAGCAACUUCAACACCUUCAAAAACAAAAUGAAGCCCUUCUGUUGCAACUUCAGCAGCAGCAACAACAGAAAUUAAGUGAACAAGACGAAGAAAAAAAGCAGGUUUGUCAAACAACUGAACCACCUUCCUCAGAAGUUCAUCGCGUUACUGUGAAGCUUCCGCCCUUCUGGAAGGACAAGCCGACCCUCUGGUUUGCUCAGGUCGAAGCACAAUUCAUGAUCGCCCAUAUCACCCAGGAAAUAACCAAAUAUUCUUACGUGAUUUCACACCUGGACGAAAGGUAUGCAAAUGAGGUUGAAGAUUUAAUCACCAAUCCACCUGCUAACACACCAUAUACCAUAUUAAAGACAGAAAUUAUUCGCCGCCUGUCAGUGUCAGAAGAGCGUCGUGUGCGCCAGCUUUUAAUGGAAGAGGAGCUUGGCGAUCGUACCCCUUCCCAGUUUCUCCGUCAUCUGCGAUCCUUGGUAGCGUCUUCCUGUCCACGUCCAGGGGAUUCUUCAGACUCAAAAUGGACAAACCGGCCUCAGCACCGACACACUUGCUAUCACAGCGGACAAGAUUAUAGAGGUACAGCCUAAUACCCCACUACUCGCAUCCUCCACCUCUGGUGCGGUCCAUGCCAUUUCUACUCUGCCUGCAACCGUAUCCGACCCAUUUUCCCAGCGGUUGGAUGAACUUUUGCGUCAGAUUUCUGCAAUGCAGAUCGAGAUAAAAUCAAUCAACCAUCAUUCUCGGUCACGAAACCACACUUCAUCUGGUGAUCGUCGCAACCGUUCUUCGUCUGCCAAUUCCACAUCCAGAACCGUAUGUUGGUAUCACCGACGUUUCGGCAACCAAGCCACCAAGUGCACCCAACCCUGUUCGUUCAUUUCAACAAACUCCAACGGCAGUCAGUGA